UCAGAAAGCCCAAUAUCAAGACAAAAAUCAAAACAAAACUUUCAAAUUUUUCGCCCCAAGUUGAGCCAUGGCUACCCUUCAAAUACCAAUUGCUUACCAAGAGAAACUCCCGUCGGUUCCUGACUGGCUUAACAAAGGCGACAAUGCAUGGCAGCUUACAGCAGCCACUCUCGUGGGCAUCCAAAGCAUGCCUGGUCUUGUUAUCCUCUACGCCAGCAUCGUCAAAAAGAAAUGGGCUGUGAACUCUGCCUUUAUGGCCCUCUAUGCCUUCGCGGCCGUUCUCAUUUGCUGGGUUCUUGUAGGCUACCGCAUGGCUUUUGGUGACCAACUACUCCCUUUUUGGGGCAAGGGUGCGCCAGCUCUCGGCCAAAACUACUUACUUAAGCGAGCCAGAGUCCCGGAAAGCUACCAUACAUAUCAGGGCCAAAUUGAGGUGACCGAGCCUUUCUAUCCCAUGGCCUCUCUCGUGUAUUUCCAAUUCACUUUUGCCGCUAUCACGCUUAUUUUGUUAGCUGGAUCGGUUCUUGGCCGCAUGAAUAUCAAGGCCUGGAUGGCUUUUGUGCCUCUAUGGCUUAUCUUCUCCUACACCGUCGGUGCUUUUAGUCUUUGGGGUGGCGGCUUUCUCUACCACUGGGGUGUCAUAGAUUACUCCGGCGGCUACGUUAUUCACCUCUCCUCAGGAAUUUCUGGUUUAACUGCGGCCUAUUGGGUAGGGCCAAGGCUAAAGAGUGACAGGGAAAGGUUUCCUCCGAACAAUGUUCUACUGAUGCUUGCGGGUGCUGGGCUGCUAUGGAUGGGCUGGUCAGGUUUCAACGGUGGGGCUCCAUAUGCCGCCAACCUUGACGCGUCAAUAGCAGUGUUAAACACAAAUGUAUGCGCCGCCACGAGCCUUCUUGUAUGGACGACUCUUGACGUUGUCUACUUUGGGAAGCCUUCCGUGAUCGGAGCGGUUCAGGGCAUGAUGACCGGACUCGUUUGCAUUACUCCAGGAGCAGGGUUGGUGCAAUCGUGGGCGGCUAUAGUGAUGGGAAUUCUAUCAGGAAGCAUUCCUUGGGUGUCCAUGAUGAUCCUUCACAAGAAGUCUACUCUUCUACAAAAGGUGGACGAUACUCUAGGUGUGUUUCAUACACACGCGGUGGCUGGGCUUUUGGGUGCGAUUUUAACGGGCCUAUUGGCCGAGCCAGAGCUCUGCAAGCUCAUUCUACCAGAGCCCACAAGAGGUGCAUUUUACGGAGGAAAUGGUGGCGUGCAACUCCUGAAGCAAAUGGCUGGUGCUGCUUUUGUUAUUGGUUGGAAUUUAGUUUCAACCACCAUCAUUCUUCUAGCUAUAAGAGUGUUCAUACCAUUGAGAAUGCCGGAGGAUCAGCUUGCGAUCGGAGAUGACGCCGUCCACGGAGAAGAAGCUUAUGCUCUAUGGGGAGAUGGAGAGAGAUAUGACCCGAGAAGGCAUGGCUUGGCUUCAUCUUCUUCAUAUGCAGAGGACAUAGCACCAUCACCUUACAUUAAUGGUGCAAGAGGAGUUACUAUUAAUUUGUAAGUGAAAUGGGAUUAAUGGGGCAUGAAUUUGUAAACUUUUGCUACUGUAAAUAUAGGGAGAAUGACAUUUUCCCACCCAA